CUCUCCAAAAAAAAAAAAAAAAACAGAUAUAUACAUUCUGCGUGGUCAAAGGAAGAAACAGAAGAAAAAGUCCUGUAAUUUUUAGAGUUAGAAACAAACUAAUAAAAUCAAUCGAUCAGUACCCAAUGACAGCAAUAAUAUCAUCACCAGCUGCAACAGCAACAACAAGAACAGCCAUUUUCAACUAUGAUGUCCAAUUUGGAAGGUUUUGUAAUAACAAGAACAACAACAAAGGUUGCAGCUUUCUCUCUGUACAUUCUUUUUCACCACCAAAAUUGAGUCCUAAACAACCCCACAGGGUUAAGCUUGUGUUUUUAACCAAAGCUGCUGAUUCAAGCCAGGCCUCUCCCUCUUCUACUGCUACUGCUUCCAAAACUAUUAUCACUGAUGAUGAGUUCUCUCUUGCUAAGGUCUCAUUUGGUGUUAUUGGACUGGGUUUUGGGAUUUCGCUCCUGUCGUAUGGUUUUGGGGCUUACUUUAACAUCCUUCCAGGAUCUGAAUGGUCGGCGAUAAUGCUAACAUAUGGCUUCCCUCUUGCAAUAAUUGGUAUGGCUCUCAAGUAUGCAGAACUGAAGCCAGUGCCAUGCUUGACUUAUUCCGAUGCUGAGAUGUUAAGAGAAAAAUGUGCCACUCCAAUCCUUAAACAGGUCAGGAACGAUGUUAUAAGAUAUCGGUAUGGAGACGAGCAGCAUUUGGACGAGGCAUUGAAACGAAUUUUCCAGUAUGGUCUGGGUGGAGGAAUUCCGAGGCGGAAUGCACCUAUUCUGCAGAUGAUCCGUGAAGAAGUCACAGAGGAUGGUAAAUACUGUCUAGUCCUGGUCUUCGAGUCAAAGGCUUUGCAGCUGUCAGACUUUGAAAAAAGACAGGGAAAAUUCACUUCAUUCUUUGGACCAGAUAUCACAGCUGAAAUUGGGAAAGGAGAAAACAAUCUAUACGAAGUUCGACUUGUUUCCAACUUAAACGCCAACGCAUCACCUUCAUGAAGUGCUUCGUGGUAUCAUCUCACUCUGCUAUCUGCUUGGUCUUUUCUUCAUAUACAUAUACUCCCUUGUGAAAAUUUUGUGUAACGAUGUUUAGAUUUAGUUUGUCACUAUUUUUUUUCUUUUUUUCUUUUUUUUUUGUAAACCAUAACAUCUUGGGGAAACAUAUACAUGCUACAUAUAAUCUCAAAUGAAAGCCAGGAGAAAUUCGUUUUACACAAA